AUGUCCAGCGCAGCGAGCCCACCGACCAGUCCCGGCGCUCAAGAUGACUGCAAAUCUGGUCAUGUCGCGGUAUUUUGGUCAAAGCUGCGGGCGAUUGCGUCAGUCGUACUAAACCAUGCUAUGAAACACACUGGAGUGGGUAUUAUAUGUUCUGUAGCGUAUUUUGACCCGGGCAAUUGGGGAGUGGACCUACAAGCAGGAUCGGAGUUCGGGUAUAAGCUGCUAUUCGUGAUCCUCCUAUCCGGCUUGAUUGCAGUGUACAUGCAGGUGCUCUCCUCGCGCUUAGGAUGUGUUACGGGACUAGAUCUUGCUUCACACUGCCGACUUCUCCUGCACGAUCGUCCUAAAAACACGCUUCUUUGGCGAUGGCUGGUACUGUAUCCUCUGUAUGUCCUGGCAGAGAUUGCUAUCGUAGCUACCGAUCUUGCCGAGCUUCUGGGUUCUGCUAUUGCCAUCUGUCUCUUGUUUCCUAAAGUACCACUAUGGGCAGGUGUGCUCUUGACCGCGUCCGAUGUCCUCAUCUUGCUGGCAGUUCGGAAUCCUCUCGGUGGGAAGCCGGUAAGGUUAUUCGAGAUUCUCAUAGCUGCUUUAGUCUUCACGGUGCUCGUAUGCAUGGCUGUGAUCAUUUCCAAAGCCAAUGUAGAUUGGAGAACCGCCUUCGACGGAUUUGUGCCUUCCAAAGUCCUGGUCACUUCGGAGGGUUUAUACAAUUCCAUUGGUAUCCUUGGGGCUACUGUCAUGCCCCACUCCCUUUUUCUUGGCUCAGCCUUCGCGACACAAGAACGAGAAAAGCCUACAGACGAUCUAGACAUCGGUUCAGCGCUUGCCAAACUGGAAGCCAAAGAUUCUGAUAACGACAGCUUCGAUCUGCCAUCCGAACCUCAAACCCUAUCGAAGCGGUGGAGCCCACAGGCCAUCUCCAGAAGCACACUCCGGUUUCUGCGCGGCUGUUUCUCCGUCACAUCUAUUGAGGAAUACGCAGAUGAACCGAAGAGACACACCGAAAGGGAGAACAAUUCGUUCGCGUUUGUGCGCACGCACCUCUCGCAUGGUAUCAUCGACAUGUGCAUCAGUCUCCUCGGGAUUGCGGUCGUGAUUAACGCUUUGAUCUUGAUGCUUGCAAGUGCGGAGUUUUACUACGGAUUCGGACAGACAGGGAAUCAAUCCCCCGCAACUCUCUUCGACGCAUAUUACUUGCUGCAAGAUCUGCUUGGAAAGCCUGCUGCAGUCCUGUUUGCCCUCGCACUAUUGGCUGCCGGUCAGAGCUCCUCCAUCGUCGCCACGCUAGCUGGCCAGACAGUUUCCGAAGGUUUCAUUCGCUGGAGAAUUUCACCUAUCCUUCGGCGGCUUCUGACUCGAUGUAUCGGGCUGGUACCCUCCAUGGCAGUUGCAGCAGCUCUCGGACGCAGUGGAAUCAGCUCGCUCCUCAUCAUAUCUCAAGUUAUUUUAUCUAUUGUCCUCCCCUUCGUCGUCUUUCCGCUUAUAUACAUUACCUCCUCCAAGCGCUUCAUGAGCGUGAAGAAACUUUCAAGACAGCAACAACCUGCACAAAUGAAUGAUCGACAUGACGCACCGCGCGCAGUGAACGACGACGAAGCCGCGUCUGCCGCCAUAGCGGAGAUUACGAUUGUAGACGUAGAAGUGGUGGAAGAGUUGGUGGACUUUUCUAAUGGCAAGCUUAUGACCAUUUUGGGAUGGGUCAUCUGGAUAGUAAUAGUAGUUGCCAACGUAUAUGCAAUUGUGACAUUAGCGAUGGGUGAAAAUUAG